UUUGGGACGCACUAAUGCUUCUGCAAAAUAGCAAAAAUACGUGUCAGAAAAAAGAAUGUUCUGCAGCAAAAGUGAGAAAAAUCAUAAAAAUUGUAUGAAAAAUCAGUGAAAAUUCAAGAAAAGUGCAAGAAAGACAAACAAGAAACAUGGAUUUAUCAUCGGAUGAUCUCUGUGACGACCUUCUGCCAAACUUCGAUUUGGACGUGGAUCUCCCCAUGAUUCUGGAUGAAGUGGAGUCGACACUCAUGAAAACCGAGCCCCUGGACUUUCCCCUUCUCCCUGAGACUCAAUUCAGCGACCAUGCGAACUUCCAGUGGUCCCCGGAGACGCAACAUUCAUUCCCGGACAUUGAUGAGAUCGAGAAGGAGCUCAAGAAUAUAAAUCCCUACGAUUUCCUCAAUGACGUCAUUGUGGAUCAAGACAUAAAGAUGGAGACGAUUGAGACAAACUCCCGGAAUACCCCAUCACCGUCCAGUAGUAGCUCCGGAUUCUCAGACACCAGCGAAAGCGCCACAAGCUGCUUGACGAAUUUCACGAAUACCACACAGAAAGUUCCCGAAACACCGCCCUAUUCACCUCCAUCGGAUUCCGUUGAUUCCCCAGCGACGUCUCCCAAGCCAAUCUACCUAUCCCCCGUGCAAGAUAUCAAAAUAGUCCAGGGAACUCUUAUUCCCAUCACAGCUGUGCCUGUUUCAUUCACACAGAAGAUCUCAAAUCCACCCCUGAAAACGAUAAAAAUUCAACCAAAACCCCCCAUAAUCACGGGGGGUGUUCUCAAGGCUACAAAUGCCGCGCCUAAGAGGACAAUUGUGCUGUCGCAAGAGCAAUUUGGGGCACUAAUGCAGAAAGCCAAGACCACAACAGCUUCAGCACUCCCACAGAAACCAAUAAUCGUCCCCAAGACAACCACAGUGCCCACAGUGAAGCCUCAGCCGCCAAAAAUGCUGCCACAGAUUAAGACAGAACCCAUUGAGUACGCCAGCACCGGCAUCUUCUCCCAAAGCAUGGACGAGAAGACGCUAAAGAAGCAACAGCGAAUGAUUAAGAAUCGCGAAUCUGCGUGUUUGUCGCGAAAGAAGAAGAAGGAGUACGUUACGUCGCUGGAGACGCGGGUCAGUGAGCUGACGAAUGAAAAUGAGAGGCUCAAGCAUGAAAAUCACGAAUUGAAAAAGAGAUUAACAGCAAAUGAAUGCAUAAAGUGUGCUAGUAGUAAAUUAUUCAAAGGAAACCUCUCAGGUGUUCCGAGGAAGAAUACUGCUAUCCUUCUUGCCUGCCUCUUUGUGGUUUCCAUCAACUUUUUCUCCAUACCGAGCUAUUUUGGAGGGAAUGGUGGCCUUAAAGGUGGAGGAAUCUCAGUUCCGGAAACAGCAUCAGGGAGAAGACUUCUGUGGAUGGAUGAGGCGGAUGUGGAGGAGAAAUUGGAUCCAAAUACCUCCCCAUCGCAACCCCCUAAUCUCUACCCAAUCUGUCCAACAACACAGUACGUGAAUCAGACGGAAAGUGUUCGGAUAGCGAGUGAGCUGAGACGGUGGAUUGGAGAACCGGAAAAGGACGAGGUGGAAAAUGCUAAUCAGGCAACAAUAGAGGUGGAAAGUAAACCCACGGAGGAUUCUUCAUUGGUUUACGUGCCGAAGAAGAGUAGAAUGGUGGCGAAGAAGAAUUCUCGUGCAAAGAGAAAGAUCCGUGUGGGUGGAAAGGAGGAAACAGCCCUUGAGGGGGGAAAUCAGGUGCAGGUGUUCAAGCCAAGAGAGAAUUCAGUGAAAUACGCAGAACUCUUUGAGGAAAUUCGCCGAAGAGACGACACAUUCUACGUUGUCUCGUUUCAUGCUGAUCACCUCAUGCUACCCGCAUUGGCGCACAAUAAAACCAGAAGGCCCAAAAUGUCACUCCUCCUGCCAGCUGUUGGAAUAAACGAUUCCAUCACGACAGACGCAAUGACAAUGAUGCAAAUUGAUUGUGAAGUUGUUGACACAUCACUGAUAAGGGUGAGACACAAAUUAAUUCCUGAGCACUUGCGCACACCAAGUACACGCUAUCAGGGUAAUUCAUCGAGCAAUGGGAAGAAUCAGGCAAAUCCAUGUGCAAAAGGUAAUCUACCGCAGAAUAUUGGGGAAAAGGAGCAACCGCUAGCGCUGAGAAAGCCAUUCUUUGUUAAUGAUCAAGUAAUUGAGAAGGCGGGUAGAGAAUUAGAAUUUACAUAAAGCGUUCGUAAUUUUUUUUUUGACAAGAAAAAGAAAAUAUUUCAAAGAAAGAAAUGCAGGUAAAACAUUAAAAAAAAAAAACAUAUUGGUGAAGGAAUAAAAUUAAGUAGAACGAAGAAAAAAAAUCGUCACGCUCAAUUCAGUGAAUUUUGGCAUUUAGAUAAAAACAUUUUUUACAAGUUUUAAUCUUUUUACAUUAUUAUUGCUUUUACACUGUGUGUACAUUUUUUUUAGUAAUUGUGUAAAGGAGAAGUGCAAAGAGAAGGAGGAGGAGGAGGAGAUGAGUUGAUAAAUAACUUAUUGAAUUGUAGAGUUUUAGCAACGAUGAUCUCGAAGAUUUCUCACAGAAGAGUUGUUGCAAGGGGAUUUUAUCUGGCAGGUGAAUAAUGUUCAAGUGGAAUAUUAUUAGUAAGUAUAUAUGUAUGUAAUGCACAAAGCGGAAUUUAAACUUUAAGUAGGUACUACUUAUUGUUUAUAAUUUGGAAUAUAUUAUUGAAAUAUAAUAACUAAUGAUUUGAAAA